UCUAAAAGGAAGCCGCGGCGCUGCUCUAGGAGCCUUUUCCUCGUUUCCAAGUGUCCUCGGUGGCUAGCAGCUGGGACACGGAGUGCCGUUCUAUUCUGUACAGAUCGUUUUAUUAUUAGUAGUAUUCUUAUUUAUUUCUCCACACACGCCCCCUAUAUCUCCUGUCGGUGCUUCUUUAUUUCUGUCUUUUUGAAAGUUUCGUCGAACCCCGUUUGGAACCACACGCCGGGACAGCGGACAAAUUACAAACCUCCCCUGCAGCGAGCGGAUCAUGUACCAGGAUUAUCCCGGGAACUACGACACGUCGUCCCGCGGCAGCAGCGCUUCUCCAGCUCAAGCAGAAUCUUUCACAAGCGGCAGCAGCAGCAGCACAAUCGGCAGCCCGUCGUCUGCCUCCAGCUACCAGGUACGGACCGUGUGACGGACCGCACGAAGGCGCCGGCUCUGGCUGCUCGGAAAUACCGCCUCGACAUGCCAGGGUCCAGCAGUGCCUUCAUCCCCACCAUCAACGCCAUCACCACCAGCCAGGACCUGCAGUGGAUGGUGCAGCCCACAGUCAUCACGUCCAUGUCCAGUCCGUUCUCCCGCUCACAUCCUUACAACACGCCGGGUGUCAACAGUCUGGCCCAUCAUGGCCAUGGGGCUCUCCACCGACCAGGAGUCAUCCGCUGCAUCGGGGACACCAGGGGACGUCGUAAGAGAGACGAGCAGCUCACGCCAGAGGAAGAGGAGAAGAGGAGGGUCCGGCGAGAACGCAACAAGCUGGCGGCGGCCAAGUGCCGCAACAGACGGCGGGAGCUGACAGAGCAGCUGCAAGGGGAGACGGAGAAGCUGGAAGAGGAGAAAGCCGGCCUGCAGAAGGAGAUCGAGUGCCUCCAGAAGGAGAAGGACAAGCUGGAGUUCAUGCUGGUGGCCCACAACCCGGUGUGUAAACUGCCCCCCGAGGAGCGCUGUGUCCCACAGACCUCGCCCAUUUCCCAGUCGUGUCGUUCCGGGGAUUCAAGCCUGAAGGCGAUGGUGGUGGUGAAGCAGGAGCCUCUGGAUGAAUACGACGAGAUGAUGCUGGAGAAGGCGCCGAGGUCAGUCAUCAAGCCCAUCAGCCUGGGAGGGGGCAUGACCUCGUACUUCUCGGAGGCCGAGUCCCUCAACACCCCGGUGGUGGUGACGGCCACGCCCGUGGUCACGCCCAACGCCUCCAGCCUCAUCUUCACGUACCCCAGCGUGCUGGACCAGGAGAGCCCCACCUCUCCGUCAGAGUCGUGCUCGAAAGCCCACCGCCGGAGCAGCAGCAGUGGAGACCAGUCUUCAGACUCGUUGAACUCGCCAACCCUCCUGGCACUCUGAAAUGCCCGCCGAGUGCUCUCCCCACCCCCCGCCUCGCCCCCUUACACAAUCAACUGGAUCGGGUGGUCUGAUGGCCCACCGCCGAGUGAACUUAACGGGCUUUGAUUAAAUUAAGAACAAUAUCGAUAUACACAUAUAUGAAUAUAUAUAUAUGGAUGUAAAUGAGAGGAGAUGCAACGAAGGACACGGGUUUCGGCAAGAAGAGAAGCACAAAUGUGCCCACCUUGCCUGAUGAGCAUUUCAAGGGCUUUGCCAUUUGCAUUUGAAGGAAGGAUUGUGUUUGGUCCAUAAAGCCUUUAUGUGGCAGGAGCCUAUCAGACCAUUGGGGGUUGGGAGAGUGGGGGGGGAGUGUGUGGUGGUCUACGCAAAGGAUUACAGUGCUGGGUUCAAGGGACCACGAAGCAGAAUGGAAAAGCGGGAUGCAAAGAAGUGAAUUUUCUAGUUUGCUGUCCUCCUCUCCCUCCUUUUUGGUCUGUCAUCUUGUUUUGUAGGCAAUAGCGCCCCCUAUCUGCCCCUCCAGUUUCUUAUUUUAUUGUAUUCUUUUUUUCUUCACUAAGGAGACUGCACCAGGUUUUUUGUCUCGCGAUAUCGGUCACAUUUAUCACAAAGAACCCUCACUGCCCCCCACCCUAUCUCUUCCUUGUCGGCCCCCCCAAGAUAUCCUGAAGCAGUUGAGUUUAUCCGUCAGCCAUUGUAUUUUUUUUUCUCCUCUUUUCCUGCUCCUCAUUAAGGAUUUGGUCUUUGAGAUUUUUAAGGUUGCAGGCUCAAAUCCCACUGCUGCCUCCAUGUAUGCCACAUUGUGCAAACUGCCCAGGUCCUCCUUGACGCUGCUGUGCUGCACUAAUCAUACCAACCUCUCCGUCAUGAAAGGCGCUAUAUCCCGCUACUCUGAAAUGAGAAAAUGUCCAAAAUCCAACAAGCUGCUGUGUGAGCGGCCACAUCUGCUCGUCUUCUGCCCCACUUGGUGUCUUCUGCUCAGGCUUUUAGAAGAAGGACCCCCUGCCCCCAUUAACCCUUCCCCUCCCCCACAUUUUUGAUAUUGAUUUUUUACAUUUUUUAAUUUUUUUUUUUUUACUUUAUUUUUUCUUUCUUUCUUUUCUUUUCACAGACGCUGAACCCUCAAGAAACCUGCUGCUAGUGUUUAAAAAAAAAAAAAAAA